GGACCAAAAGUGGAAUUUUUUCAUUCAUCGACGCUUGGUUUAGGUUGAGUAAGAAAGUCUCGAUCUACUUCAAGUUCACCUUCUUCCCUCACUCUAUCAAGUGUUUCUAUGUUCCUAUUCCUAAUUUCACUAUUCCGUGUGAGAAGGAAAGAAUGAAAUUGGAAGCAAAUCUAGAAUGGGUUUGCUUAAAGAAUAUCCAUUAUACGCAGCCUGCUAGUCUGGCCGACCUGCUAGUCAGGAAAAGUAACAGUCAAGUAAUUAAUGCACUGUUUAAUUAUGUAUUUAAUUUCGUAUUAAUGUUGUAAUUAAUUACGCCUAUAAAAGGCACGUUGUAAUUCAAACUAAGGAGGCGAAUUCCAGAUGCUAUUUCUGGCUCUCAAACUCUCUGGCUACUUUCCAUUUUCGUAUUACUUUCUAUUUUCCUGCUUGGUCGUUCUUCCCUUCCAUCUCCGCCACAACACCGUCUCUCGCAUCUCCUCCAAGACUGUCGCGCUGCUGUCAGGCCCUCCAAUCUCCGGUCUCAAUUCCCCAGACCGACCCCCUCUCACGGUCGUUCUAGCAAGCCGGCUGGUGAGAGCUCUUCUACUCUCUCGGUCUGUCUUCUGUUAGCAAGAGAAUUGAAGUAGCAAGCGGGAAGUUCGACUUCUCACAGUGAGUCGCCAUCCUCAAUUGCCUCUAGCAUGGCCCUUCAAUGGUGUAGGUUGUUACGUUACUCUUCCGCCAACAGUAGCAGGACAAGGGUUGGGAUGUAUUGAAGAUUCAAAAUCAUGGAAUGGAACGGCCUGGCACGCGUAAACCAUGAUCUGGGCCGGCCAGCACAAUCCACUUCUAAAAGUCCCACAAAGCUAAGUAUACUCCUCAAUUUUACAUCAUCUUUGAUCAAAAAAUUAUAAAACGAUUCAAUGAAAAAAUCACAAAUUGAAUCAUUCGAAAAUUACUCUAAGUGAUAUGAUUGCUUUUAAUCUUGUUUAAGUGUGUGUAAUUUGAACAUUGAACACGGCUUAAGAAAUCUAAUCACUCAAGUACGCCGGACAAGCACACACACUCGUACAUUGGCCGAGCACACACACUCGCGCCACCGGGUCACGUCAUAUGGGUGUGACGAUUAAUAAGCUCCAAUGUAAAUGCUAAUACCUCACACCCUUGACUUCAUACGAGUUCUUGCGUGCUCUUACCUCUUCCUAGUGCAUCACACUCCGACCUCGGGGGACGAGUCACCCGUUCAAAAGUUUUUACUUGCGGGUUCGAACUACUAACCUCGGGCGGUGAGUUAAACUCUUGUUAGGGGCCUAGAGCCACGCUCUUCCGAGCAAUUUUUUCACUUAAUUGACAUUCACAUUUCCCGAAAAGGUUGAUAUACUUUAGUUCUGUGGGGUUGGAUUAUCCGUUCGAGUGGUGACUCCGAGUCACUUACUCACGGAUUCAAUCUUCCUUUCGGAGACUGGGUUGAGGCCUAACUUGGGAACUUGAUGUCACUCUUUUCGAGUAGUGAGUCUGACUCACUUACUCACUAAGCCAUGGUUCAACACCGGGUCAGAUGCUCUAUUCUACACUUGUUGCUUUUAUGUGUAGGUACGACUGAACGAAGACGAACCUGAUGAGUCUGAGCCCGAUGAGAAGAACGGUUCUAGCCAUCCUUUUCGCUGAUGGUGACCAUUACAAUAAAGGCCGAAGAUUUCACUCUUUGCUUCAUCUUGGGGGCAUCAGGUGUACUCUUUUUCCCUUCAUUAGGAUUUUUUCCCAUUGGGUUUUUUCCUAAUGAAGGUUUUUAAUGAGGCAUCUCCCCAACAUGGACAAGGGCAGAGAUCUUCCGGUCUCGGAGAAGGGUAGCUGACUUGGACUACUCCCUCUUAGCCGAGUCUACUACUCGACUAAGGGAGUGGGGGACUCGUGAUGCAGUUAUGGGACUAGGCCCAGAGCCUAAUCGGCCCAAGACCCGAACUUGGACCGGUGGAUCCAGGUCCAUAACCUGGAGCCUGCCUAUCACCCCAACGGGGAGCCUGCCAGUCCGGCCGACCUGCCAGUCAGGAAAAGUAACAGUCAAGCAAUUAAUGCACCGUUUAAUUAUGUAUUUAAUUUCAUAUUAAUGUUGUAAUUAAUUAGUCAUUAUUAUCGGUAGCGGUUACGAAUUGUAUAAGCCUAUAAAAGGCACGUUGUAAUUCAAACUAAGGAGGCGAAUUCCAGAUGCUAUUUCUGGCUCUCAAACUCUCUGGCUACUUUCCAUUUUAUAUUACAUAUGCAUGGACUGUUGCUUGAUUAUGAAAAUAAAUCGCUUUCC